GGCCAGAUAACCAAACAAUGACGAGAUGUCCUACGCAAACUUACCGGUCAAUUAUUCUGACAACAACUGUCUCAACAUUCCUUAUUAGGACGGGAGUUCCUCUUUAAUGACUCGCAUUAAGAUAUAAAAGUCGCUCUUCUUGUAGAUUUCAUCAGUUUAUUUGCGGAGAGCCUAGAGCGGGUCGCAGAGGGCAGAACUUCAACCACCGACUUUGAGGAAAGUUACUUUUCAGUAAGCAAGUUAGAUCUGCGGUCAGAGAGGUGAACUUUAGACUUACAGGGAGACCAGACCGCGUGGUAAACAGACAGGGAAGAUGGCCAAGCUGGCGAGUUGGGUAGUUUUAGUUCUAGUCGCAGUUUUGGAGAGAGAAAGCGGGAACGCUGCGCCAGUCACCGAGAGAGUCACCAACUUUAGUCAAGAAGACGACCCAUUGAGUUACCUGGUGCAGUUUGGCUACGUGGAGAAACCAGCAGACGGCAGACUGUCCAGUAUACGGCAGGGCAGUCUCACUCAGGCAGUCAAAGAUUUCCAGCGUUUCGCGCAGCUGCCAGAGACCGGUUUGUUGGACGACAAGACUGUCGAGAUGAUGAGGAAGCCUCGUUGUGGUGUCCGUGACGUCACCCCAUCAGAGCGCCUGCGCAGAGACACGGGGUUACAGAUCACCAGAAGCAAGAGAUACGCUUUUGCAGGAGACUACCGUUGGAAGAAGAAUGACCUGACUUACCGGAUAUGGAACUAUACGCCUGACCUUUCACCUUCCCAGGUCAGGGAGGCCAUCAGACGGGGCUUCCAGGUGUGGAGUGACGUCACACCCCUCAGGUUCCGCGAGACCACCAGUUCGAACGCGGAUAUCAACAUCCAGUUCUCACGGUUCGACCACAGGGACGGGUACCCGUUCGACGGCAGAGGUGGUACUCUCGCCCACGCGUUUUACCCCGAAGAUGGCCGAACGCACUUCGACGAUGACGAACAGUGGACGGACGGGAUGUACGCCGGGACCAACCUGUUCAUCGUUACUGCGCACGAGAUCGGCCACGCCCUGGGACUGGCUCACUCCUCGUACCCAGGGGCGCUCAUGGCCCCGUUCUACCAAGGGUACGACCCGGACUUCAAGCUCCCCGUGGACGAUACACGCGGCAUUCAGCAACUGUAUG